GGGAAUUCUAAACUUGAAAUCUGAUAACGGAAUCAACGAAUCCGAAUUAUCGAUGCAUCCUGCAUGCAUCCUAUAUGUUAACCUCUGUGAUUUUUUUGUUAUCAUGUUCAAAACGUAGACAUGUUGGGUCAUAUAUAGCUGUUUGUUUAAGAAAUAGUGACUGACUUUGUGAUAUGACACAUUUUUCAGGUGACCCUUGGAAACGACUCCGACCUCUGUGUCACUUUCUUUAUAGGACCUAAUUAGCUGUUGGGAGGACAUCAACCCCAAACAAACAGGCUUCUGUCUGAUGUCUCUUGAUUGAUUUGAAUCAACUUAUUUAAACAACAAUGAGUGCACAUACCUUUACUUAUUUCGCCUAUGGGAGCAACCUGCUGAAGGAACGCCUCUUACUUAGAAAUCCAACUGCUGAGUUUAAGUCUAUUGCAAGCUUAAAGGAUUAUAGAUUAAAGUUUGAAGCUAUUCAGGAUCCUGACAACAGUCGAUGGCAUGGCAGCAUUGCUACCAUCGAGGAGCAGACAGGAGCCAAUGUGUGGGGUGCAGUGUGGGAACUGGAUUUAAAAGAUCUUCCUAAUCUAGAUAAACAAGAGGGUAUCUACAGAGGGUUUGAUGUAAAGGUCGUCUAUCCUGAAGGUCAGGAGGUCGUCUGUCGUACCUAUAAACUGGAUAAGACUGGCAAUCCUGCCUAUGACAGUCGACCAUCGCCACACUACAAGGAUGUGAUCCUACGAGGAGCCAAGGGGCUACAACUGCCCCACGACUACCUCAACUUUCUACAGAACAUCCCCGAUAAUGGCUAUCAGGGUAGUGUGAAAGUUUAUGAGGAUGUGCUGAAAAUGCUUGGAGAAACAAAAUAGAACUAAGGACAAGUCAUAAUAGUAGCCAGAAUAUACAGAAUAAUGCCAAAUAAUAGGACAGAGAAACUGGAAAUGUAUAUAUACAUUUUUUUUUUCAUAAAAACAUAUUUCUACCACUUCCUAUAAAUCUAAGUCCCAUCCAUUUCUCCAUAUCUAUUGGUACCAUCUGUCUUUUAAUCCGACGCAUUCCUCUUAGUCCCACCUGUAUCUUUGUUCUUGUUCUUUUUUUUUUUACUUUAAGUAUACUUAUUUUGUGAUUAUCAUAAUCUUAGCAGUAUUAUAAUCGUAGUACCUUCCUCAUUAUCUGUUUUACACUAAUUCAUAUACAUUGCAAACUAUAAACUUAUAUUUCCUGUUGCAUGUUAUUCAAGGAAAGAGUCAGAGCAUUCAUUUAUGAUUGAGCUUUUAGAUCAAAAUGUAAUAUAUGUCUCAUAGCAAUAAUUUGUUUGAAAAGUUUUUUCACCUCUCUUGUUUAGGAUUUAUACACUGUUGAAAAAGUGAUGCUGAGAGGCUUCAUGUGGGUAGUUGUUGAAUUGUUGAAAAUGCGGUAUAUUCAUUGGUACAGUUUCUGAUGUAAGGCUAUGAAUAAUCACAUGUAAUUGUUAGCGUACAAUUGUAUUUUAAAAGUAGGUAAAUGCAUAAUUGUAUUUUUUGAAGGAUUUUUUUCAGAUAGGUACAAAUAUAUAUUUAUAUAUAUAUUAUACUGGUUAAUAUAGAACAAUAGAUAGGUACAAGUAUAUAUUUAUAUAUAUAUUAUACUGGUUAAUAUAGA